AUGCGAGCGUUUUUUCUUAUAUUAAUUAUUUUGGGAUAUUUUGCAAUUGUUUUCAACUACGUGACGUUCACAAAUUUAAAGUGCGGAACACGAGGCGAAAAGUUUGUUGACUUUGAAAAAUGCUUCAUUAAAGCUGUGAAUCGCACUCACAAGUACAUAGAUCUUCAUAUAAAACUGCAUCAAAAAGUAGUAAAUAAUGUCACAGCUAAUGUCAAACUAAUGCGACACAAUAAUGGCUAUAAACCAUUUUUCGUAGAUAUAACUAUUGAUGUUUGCAAGUUCUUAAAGGAUCCACGACAGUCGAUUGUUAAAAAGAUCUAUGAUAUAUACAAGAAUAGUUCGAACGUCAAUCACACAUGUCCUUAUGAGGACGAUGUCAUUGUGGAUCACCUUUGGACUGGAAACUUGGAGUCAGAUAUUAUGAAAUUCAUUCCAUUGAUUGAUGGCGAUUACGCCAUAUAUUCCGAGUGGUCUGUUUAUAAUGUUGCUCGUGCCUUUAUAAAUAUAUACAUAAGAGUGUCAAAAAUAUAAAUCUGUGCGCUCAGUGGCGGAGGUCAU